AUGGCUGAUCGUAUGCAGCCGCACCAAGUGCAAGUGCAUGGCUUGAAGGGUCAACAGCAGCAAGGACCAUCCGCCUCCAAAGUCCUGGCUGUACUCACGAUGCUACCUGUUGGUGGUGGGUUUCUUGCACUUGCUGGUAUAACCCUAGUAGGCACCUUGAUCGGCCUAGCUGUCACUACCCCUCUUUUUAUCCUGUUCAGCCCCGUUCUGUUCCCAGCUGCCCUUGCUAUAGGGUUUGCUGUAACCUCAUUUUUGGCAUCUGGGGCUUUGGGGCUGACAGGGUUCAGUUCGCUCUCCUGGGUUGGUAGGUAUAUCCUGGAGGCUACCCGGACCAUGCCGGAGAGCCUUGACCAGGCGAAGAGGCACAUGCAAGACAUGGCAGGUUAUGUGGGACAGAAGACCAAGGAAGUGGGCCAAGAAAUCCAGAGGAAGGCACAUGAAGGGAAAUGA